AUGAACGUCUUCAGAAAGAAGGGCAGGGCGAAGGAUGAUGCUUACAUCAUUCCGCCAGCGGUGCCGUCGGAGUCGGCGACGUUGGCAAAGAUGUCUCGGAGUCUCAAACGAAAGCAGAAGAAUGUCGCAGAGCGUAAGCCUGAAAUCGACCUCUCAACUGCUCUGCCUGAUAGCAACAACUUCCGCACCAGUUUACUCAUGCCUGGUCUCUCAGCCCGCUUCAGCAUGCUUCGCGAACAAGACGAUCCUAGUACUCUAGUGGGCAAAGCCAGUGAUGACAGCGUCUUGUUCCCUAAACGGGCGUCGCGUCUGAACCUCUUUUCUCACAACCCCUUGACUGACAUUGCCGAGGUCGGCUCCAUUCACACGACCAUCAGAGCACCCUUCGCCCAGGCCGACAGGUCCCAUUCUUUCUCUGAAGGCGCCGGUUACAAGACCGACGACGACGCGGGAAGUGUCUCGGCCCGGUCAAGAGCGACUGACGGCAGCAGUCUCUUUGGCGGUCGUCCGCAGAUGUACAAACUUGGAAACGGUGGCUCCUCAAGGGAUUUGAUUGAAGGCGCCGCUCCUCCAACAACCUCGAGGCAAUUGUACCAGGAUGAUGCGACGCGGACACCUCACUCUGGCACGCGCGUCAAGGGCCGAGAAGAACGAGAACCAGAUGAGUCGGGUGAACGGCCGAUUAGCGCUGCUACCGAGGACCAUGAGCGCAGCAGCGUUGUGAACACUCCGUCUACUGGUUUCAGUAAGAGUAGAGGGACCAUCUCAUCUAUUGCCUCCGGUCCUUCAAACCGCCGGACAUCCACUGCUGCCACCUCGGUCAUCUCUGACUCUCCUGUUCCCCGGCAGAGCAACAUCAGUUCCGGCUCUAACCCACGUGUGCGGGCACCUGAUUUUGGCAACGACGGAAACUUGUUAAGACGAAACUUAUCCUCGGAUUCUCGCAAGCCUGGCCAGCCAUCAGAUAACCAAAACCAGCCGCCUCUUCCGAUAUCCCCGAUUCCCAAUCGCCAGGUCUCACUCUCAAUAAGUCCAACAGCUCCUCCGUCAGACAAGCACGGCGUGGAAGAAUCUCCCCUAGCCACUGGCCCUCUGCGACGACCGAGCCCGCCACUUCCCGCCGAAGAGACGCGUAUCUUGAUCCCGUUGGAUUUCGGCCUCAAAACUACGAAAAGUCAGGUGCGGAGAUACCAAACUGCCUCUCCUACGAAUGACAAUGGUGACACCAAUGUGUAUCAUCAGAGUCUUGAGCCAAACGACCGAGGCAAGGCCACAGCUAUGGGGCUGUUCAACCGGCCUCGUCAGCAAUUUGACGAACAGAAAUUCCAAGAGCGGCAGUUGCAGAUGCAUGAGGGAAGGAUCGCACCAUCUGCACGCAACAACCCGGAACACGACGGAAUGCUAGAGCAACAGCGAGAACCGAUCAACUCAAUGGCAAUUGGUCCGUCAUCGCCCUUGAACAACAACUUCGAUGCCUCGAAUUUCAAUCGAAGGCGGGCACAAUCCAACGCCUCCGUCAAGCCUGCGCAGGUACAUGCGAAAGUUGAAGAGCUCAUCAAGCGCCAGAACGAAGAGUACACGGCCAUCCAGGCAUGCAAGUCCGAGCCCGCAAAAACAACCGCUUCGGUUUCGCAACAGAAAGAUCUCACAGAUCAAGUAGCUGCGUCUAAUGGCACUUUCCUUGACACCUUUGAUGGUAGCGAUGACGACGCAGAAGCCGAUCUUGAUAGUCCAAUGUUUGGUCGUUAUGAGCCCGCACCGCGCCUCGCCGCAUUAGACAUUCACCCUGCACUCCGGAAUGGGUCCCAAACAUUUGAUUUUGGGGACCAAGUGACUUCCAGCUCACAGCCGACACGACCACCGUCGAAUCUCUCAGUUCAGACCUCUACUCCUUCCGGCCUGGAUGACAAAGAUGUCCUAGAUACGACGGAUUUGUUGCAUCGCAGUGCGCAGAUGAAAGACACAGACUCACCAACACUGGGACCUACAACUGGACUAGGAUUAAGUGGGCUGAUUCGGACUCACCUGCGCCAUGAUAGCGACAGGUCGUCGUUGAUGCCACCUCCUUCGCCAGUGCCACCCACCAGGGCACCAAGCCGAUUCCCAGGUUUCCGUGAGCGGGAGUUAUCAGUUGCCUCAACUGCUCGCACCCUCAAUCCGCCGGCAAGCACUCACAGCGAUCCUUGGGAGUUUGACAACGCACACAAACCCCAACGCAGUCCUCUGGAGAGCCCUUCGAAUGAGCCCACCUCGCUCAUGUCGCAGAAGGCGCAGCAAAUCCUUGGUCAAGCGAUCUCCCACCGAAACCAGGCCACGACUAAGGUUCAAGAAGCCAUAGGCACUGAUUCUCCGGCCAGCGAUAACCACACGUCGAGUCAGCAGUGGCAGACGGACCUAAUGCACAACCACCAACGUGGAGAGAGUACAGAAACGCAAAAAGAGUUCGGCAACGAGCUUGCUGAACGUGCAAAGAAGAUUCAGGAAGGCUUGAAAGGCGUCGCAGAGGUGGAAAAGAGCUCCCGGAGUCCGGUGAUGACGCACGAUCGUCAUCAUCCUGCCGCUCAGGCAUUGCAGGCGCUCCGUCAUAAAGCGAGCAAAGCUUCUCUUGCUCCAAGGUCGAACGAGCCUCAUCCAAAAGCGAUGAAGAUGCUCGGACUGAGUGGGCUGCCGAGACCAGAAAUGGUUGGGCGAUCACCAACUGUAGGUGCUCGAGGCAACUUUGCUUUCGAGCAAGGCUUUGACGAUCAUGGGAUUGGUUCAAAUUCAAGAGAGCGGCAGCCUGGAUACCAGGCCCCCAGCGGCAGACGAACACCAGGUCCGGGACUACCCAUGCCGCAUGGCAAUAAUCCGCAUGGAGACUUUGAACGCUCCAGACAACGGUCUGCCACGCCCACUUCCGGUCGGACAUCAAGACGCGAUCGAGGGGGAGCUGACCAUGUCGAUCGAUCCCGGAGCCGCCCGGGUCGCCGACGGGAGGAGCACCAAGUUGCCGGCACUGAUCGCGGCAGGCAUGGUCCCCCGCCGACCUGGGAGCAUCAAGGCUCUCGAGGAGGUGCUCCAGGACAACCCGGCCAGCAUGGUCCGCGAGGUCCAUAUCCAGGUCAACGUGGGCCGCCUCCCGUCGACCCGCGCAAUUACGAGAGAUCUGCUUCAGCCAUGUCUAAUAGCCGAACAAGUGGUAGUCGACCUGAGCCAUCUGAACCCUUGGAAAGUCGAGCUUCCACCCCCGCCCUGGCCGGUACUCCUCAUCUCGGGAAUGGUCAGACGCACCCUGUGAUCAAUCCACCACGACCAUCUCCUCGCCCGCCCUUUCCACACUCUCCAAUGAGUCCGUUCGGCCAUCCAGGCUUGUCCCCAGGCUUCUCUGGUCCUGCCUCUGCAGUGCAGUCUGCUCUUCCAUCACCGAUUGGACCCCUGCCUCCCCCACCUAGUACCGGCCGUUCGACGCCUGUGGAAGGCCGACCUACUGGUGCCGGGGCUCGCAAGAAGUCUGUCACGAAAGGAAUGAUUUCGGAACCGACCUUCAUCUCCAGCACUUCCUCGGUGCCUCUGGUUGGUCUUCCAAGAGGUCCACGCCCGACUCAGAUCGCAACGCCUCCGAUACCUGCCAUGAACCCUCGGCGUCGUGGUACUACUGUGUCGGAGAAGACGGAUGUCCAGCCAAGCCCUCUCAUGAUUCAAUCUCCCAUGUCUCCAUUCCCGGACUCCCCGGGAACUUUUACGGUUGGUGGAAUACCAGACCAAAAUCCUUCGAUGGAACAACAGCAACAAAAGCCCGUGCCACGUCAGCGCAACAGAUUGAGAAAGAUCAGUAGUGAGGGCGGCAACUUGGCAGCGCGUGCGAGGCAACAGGCGAUGAUGUCCGAAUUCGGUCAUGAACGACUUCGAAGCCCUGCAUUGCCAGUGUUUCCCAACCGAAGCGCCACUUCUUUGGGCAUGCACCAUGAUGGUGGCAUGUUUUAA